UUAAAAGAAGCUAACAACAGAUUAAAAAAAGCAAAUGAACACAUUGAAGGGAUGAUAAAGUAUCAUACAAUGAGAGAAAAAGAGAAAAGCAGCAAGCAUGCCGUAGAAAUUCAGCUACUGCAAGAAGAUCUUAGAAUACUUAGCAGAAAACUUAAAGAAUCAAAUGCCCAGUUGAUAGAAUCACGUGCAAAGCAAGCUAGUUUGCAACAAGAACAAGAAGCUUGUAGAGAGCCGUACCGAGUCGAACAACGUUCCGGACUGAAAGAAAAAAAGAAUGCAAAAAAAAAAAAUCAAUCGCCUCAUAACCAACCAAAGCAGGAAAGGGUAGGCCAGAUAGUUGAAUACGUUCCUCAGCAACAAACAAACGGAUAUUUAACGUAUAAUUUUCCCUAUGUUCGAAAAAUACCACAGACAACUCAAAUAAACCAAUCAUUAGCUAUUCACAAUCAGAUUCAAUCGACGACAAAUCAGCAGAUUAUUCCUUCGUUAUAUUCAACACAAUCUGUCC